AUGGGCUCUCUACCCGAACGGCUCUUGUCCAACGGCGUCUUCGGGGCAGGUGGCCGGAUACCGCCUGAGCCGCAGAAGGGGCGCGAGCUGUGGAUGAUGGGCCGAGGUGGAGGCCAACAGUCGUCCUUCGAUAGCUGCCUGGUCUACAAAGGAAAGUGCGAAUCCGGCAUAUGCCUGCUUCAGUGCCCAAAGGGCCCAUGUUUCACAGGCGAAGCUGCACAAAGGUAUAAUGUCAACGCUCAGCGCCAGAUCACCCGCAAAGAGCUGAAAGAGGGGAUCGAGGGAGCGCGAUCCUGGCACCAUCAAUACAAGGAUUCCGCGUACAUCUACGUCGGCGGCCUUCACGAAGGUCUCACCGAGGGCGAUGUCGUCAUCGUGUUCUCGCAGUUUGGCGAGAUCGUGGACUGCCACAUGGUUCGUGACAGGAGCACUGGCAAAUCCAAGGGCUUCGCCUUUGUCUGCUACGAUGAUCAGCGCAGUACCGUCUUGGCUGUGGACAACAUGAAUGGGUACCAGCUCCUCAAGCGCACGCUGAGGGUGGACCACAUUGAGAAGUUCAAGGCGCCAAAGGAGUUCGAUGAGAACGACCUGGACGCGGAAGGAAAUCCGAAGCUUCUGGAGUACAAGGCCUCAGGAGCUGAAGGGAAAGGCUACCAAGUCUACAACGUCCUGGAGAGCCAGAAGAAGAUCGUGGAGGCCAUGAAGGCCCGGAAGCAGUACUGGGAGGACCAAAAGGCCAAAGAAGCCCCCGAGGACGAGGAUGAAGCCUGGGCUAGGUCUUUUGAGGAGAACUUGAUCGACAUCAAGGAGGCAGAGAAGGAGAAGAAGAGGCUGAAAAAGCUCAAGAAGGACAAGAAGGAACUCAAGAGGAUGAAGAAGGAAGCGAAGAAGCUCAAGAAGGAGGCCAAGAAGGUCAAAAAGGAGACGAAAGAGUCAAAGAAGAAAGUCGAGCCGGGAGAGAAAGUGAAGAAGGAGACCAAGAAAGAGGCCAAGAGCGACUUGGUAGCCUACCCUGAAAAUGCUGCUAGACAUGCGGGCAAGAAGCCCGCGAAGGCCAAAGCCAAUGCCGUCUGGAUUCCCAAGGCAGCAGCAGAUCGGUUGGACUGGAUGUGCCGCGCGGAGGCGGCGACCCGGUCGAAUGCGGUGGCGAGCUGGGUGCAGCAGCGCUUUCAGGCGCUCGGCGUUGCCGGAGACAACAGCUUGCCACGCGGCGAUGCAGAAUCAAAGCUUGGCGAACUGCCCGAGGACCUCCAGAAUCUGGGAAAUGCGCUGACAGAGCUGCUUUCACGAACGCAGACAAAGGCCAUGGAUUUCCAACCUCUGCUGGUGACCUGGACCACCGGUGAGAAGAGCUUCGUGCAACAGGCCCUCAACCUUGCAUUGUCCAUCCGACGCAACGUGCCGCAUCUGGAGCAUCGUUUUGUCGUCGUGGCAAUGGACGCACGGGCCUACAAGGAGUUGAAGGACGAAGGCUUCCACUCACUUCUGUACUCAAGCGGCACGUCCGACCUGUCUGACUUGAUUUGGAAAUUUCGUUGGUGGCUCUUGCUUGUAGCGGUGAGAUAUGGUUUACGCCUGGCCGUGGUGGACUCCGACGUUGUUGCGUUUCGAGAUCCAUUUCCUCUUCUGGGCCAUGAUGCUGACAUGGAGAUUGCUACUGAGCAUUUCUGGCCACAGAAGCAUCUGUGGAAAGGCUGGGGGGCCCAGAAAUAG